GCAGAGGCGCACCGAGAACGCGAAGCAGAAACCGAUCAGACAGCAGGUCGGUCGGUGAGCUCCGAGACAGACCACACGAAGUACCGGCGGAAAAACGGGAGACCCGAACCUUUUUUGGGGGGUUUCUGUCGCGGCGGUUUCUCCCACCGUGGACUAACGUUACGGGAGGUCUUAUUCCACGGUUCACACGGACAGGGAGGGUCAGAAAGGCUGUCCACCAUGUCGGGGAGCAGGGAGGAGGAGAGGAGGAAACUGGCCGACAUCAUCAACCACUGGAACGCCAACCGGCUCGACCUGUUCGAGAUCAGCCGGCCCACGGAGGACUUGGAGUUCCACGGCGUGAUGCGGUUCUACUUCCAGGACCGGGUUGCCGGUAACUUUGCCACCAAAUGCAUCCGAGUGUCGAGCACAGCGACCACGCAGGACGUCAUCGAGACGCUAGCUGAGAAGUUCAGACCAGACAUGAGGAUGCUCUCCUCGCCAAAAUACUCCCUUUAUGAGGUCCACGUCAGUGGCGAAGAGCGUCAGCUGGACAUGGACGAGAAGCCUCUUGUUGUUCAGCUGAACUGGAACAAAGACGACAGAGAAGGACGCUUCGUCCUGAAGAACGAGAACGACAUCCUCCCCAAGAAGAGUCAGAGUAAUGGGCCCGAGAAGGAGAAGGAUGGAGUGAUCCAGAACUUCAAAAGGACUUUGUCCAAGAAGGAGAAGAAGAAGGAAAAGAAGAGAGAGAAGGAGUCCGCCCGGAUCCCCGAUGGAGACGAGCAGGCGCUCAGCCGGGAGGACGGGGAGAACAAUCGUCUGGCGGCAGAGGUUUACAAGGACAUGCCGGAGACCAGCUUCACCAGGACCAUCUCCAACCCCGAGGUGGUGAUGAAGAGGAGACGCCAGCAGAAGCUGGAGAAGCGCAUGCAGGAGUUUAUGAGCAGCGAUGGGAGGCCCGACUCAGGAGGCACUUUGCGGAUAUACGCUGACAGUCUGAAGCCCAACAUCCCGUAUAAGACCAUCCUGCUCUCCACCAGAGACACGGCUGACUUCGCUGUGGUGGAGGCGCUGGAGAAGUACGGGCUGGAGAAGGAGAACCCCCGAGAGUACUGCAUCGCUCGGCAAGAUGAUAAGUCGGGCAAGGACAUGAUUCUGGACGAUACUGAGUGUCCACUGCAGAUCUUCAGGGACUGGCCUGCUGACAGAGGCUCGCUAGUCUUCCAGCUGAAAAAGAGACCCCCCGACUACCAGGGGAGGAAGGGAAGGAAAGGUGAUGACAAGGGCCUUCGAGGGAAGGAGGGCAGCACCAGCUCCUUACCUCCUGAGAAACUGCCUUACCUGGUGGAGCUGAGCCCAGGGCGAGGGAAUCACUAUGCCUACUACGCCUAUCGGCACCACGAAGACGGGUCUGACUCACGCGACAAACCAAAGCUGUACCGGCUUCAGCACAGCAUCACCGAGGUCGGCUCCGACUGCACAGACGACGGAGCCAUCCAGCUGCUCGGUCCGGGGAUUCUGCCCCACCACUGCAACCUCAUGCACAGUGAAGGUAUGGUCACCGUGACGCCGCACGGCCCAGACGCAGACACCUUUGUCGACGGGCAACGAGUUACCGAGACAACGCUGCUGCGUUCGGGCUCCACCCUCCAGUUUGGUUCUGCACACGUCUUCAAGUUCGUUGACCCGAUGUUCGACCUGGGAGGGAAACGAGAACCGGCCGCCAUGAUGAGGAGUCAACACAAGUCUGGCAGUGUACCAGAAACCACCUUCGACCUUCACGGAGACGUCCACAGUGGAUCUGCUCUGCCUACCAGCAAGAGCUCAGGGAAGCUGGAGAUGGAGCGAGGCAUGGUCAAACCCAUGAUCAGAGGAGAGCAGCAGGACAGCAGGUCUCAGGACGUUUCAGCAGACAGAACAGAGUUGACCUUGCCAGCUGGCAUUGAGUUCAGAGACAACUCUGAAGACACCUUCCUGUCGGCCAUCAUCAACUACACCAACAGCUCCACGGUCCACUUCAAACUCUCACCCACCUACGUCCUGUACAUGGCCUGCCGCUACGUCCUGUCCCCUUCCUACCGGCCGGACAUGUCUCCGUCUGAGAGGACGCACAAGGUCAUCGCCAUCGUCAACAAGAUGGUGAGCAUGAUGGAGGGAGUCAUCCAGGAGAUUCCUGAAGGGGAUCAGAAGCAGAAGAACAUCGCAGGAGCGCUGGCUUUCUGGAUGGCCAACGCCUCCGAGCUGCUCAACUUCAUCAAGCAGGACCGAGACCUGAGUCGCAUCACGCUGGACGCCCAGGACAUCCUCGCCCAUCUGGUCCAGAUGGCUUUCAAGUACCUGGUCCACUGUCUUCAGGCUGAUCUCAACAACUACAUGCCUGCCUUCCUGGACGACCCCGAGGAACAUAAUCCACAGAGACCCAAGAUCGAGGACGUCCUACACACCCUGACGGGGGCGAUGUCGUUGCUGCGGAGGUGUCGGGUCAACGCCGCCCUGACCAUCCAGCUCUUCUCUCAGCUCUUCCACUUCAUCAACAUGUGGCUCUUUAACAAGCUGGUGACGGACACAGAGUCGGGCCUGUGCUGUCACUACUGGGGGGCCAUCCUCCGGCAGCAGCUCAGCCACAUCGAGGCCUGGGCGGAGAAACAGGGUCUGGAGCUCGCCGCCGACUGCCACCUCAGCCGAAUUGUACAGGCCACCACCCUGCUCACCAUGGACAAAUACUCCAUGCAGGAUGUGCAGAACAUCCACAACACCUGCUUUAAGCUAAACUCGCUGCAGCUCCACGCACUUAUGAUCAACUACCACUGUGCUCCAGACGAGCCUUACAUCCCACCUGAGCUGAUAGACCACGUGGUUGCUGUGGCUGAGAACACGGCCGAUGAGCUGGCGAGGAGUGAUGGGAGAGAGGUCCAGCUGGAGGAGGAUCCGGACCUGCAGCUGCCCUUCCUCCUUCCCGAGGACGGCUACUCCUGCGAUGUGGUGCGCAGCCUCCCCAACGGCCUGCAGGACUUCCUGGAGCCGCUGCUGCAGAGAGGUUUCUGUAGGCUAGUACCCCAUCCCCGUUCGCCUGGGACCUGGACUGUCCACUUUGAAGGAGCAGACUGUGACAGCCACUUCUCCGCUGCUGACAGCUCUGAGAUGUGUGUGUGUGUCCCAGUCUGGACGUCCCAGUGUGAGCUGAUCUGGACGACGCUGACGAGCGGCUGCAGCAUGUGGUUUUCUGUGGUGGGCAAAAGAGACGAGGGUGCUGGUCAGGAGAAGCUGGGCAUCUACAUAAAGUCUGUUGUCAAAGGAGGAGCAGCUGACGUGGAUGGACGUCUGGCUGCAGGUGACCAGCUGUUGAGCGUGGACGGGCGCAGCCUGGUCGGCCUAUCACAAGAGAGGUCCCCCAGCAUUGCCUUCCAGGCAGCGCUGGUUAAGAAUUAUUUUAAGUCAAGGAGGUGUUGUGUAAAAACUCAACCACCAACAACCCGUUCUCUCCCUUUCGUCUCUCCAGCAUCAGACCGAGGCCGCGACAAGAACGGGAAACUGCGACCGAAGAGCGAAGGCUUUGAGUUGUACAACAACUCGGUGCAGAACGGCUCUCCGGAGAGUCCGCAGGAUUCCUACCCCGGACCGAAGAAGAUGAGCAGUGAAGAUCGACUCCUGAAGAACCGAGCCGACCACCGCUCCAGCCCCAACGUAGCCAAUCAGAGCCAGAGUCCAGCGGGAAAAGCGGUGUACCCCGGAGGACCUGGCACUAAGAUCACCUCCGUCUCCACCGGCAACCUGUGUGCAGACGAUGAGCCCUCCCCUCCCCGUCCAGAGGCCUACCCCAUCCCCACCCAGACCUACCCCAGGGAGUACUUCACCAUCCCGGCCUCGAAAAGCCAGGAUCGGGUCGUCGGUCCUGGACAGGGGCCCUCGCAACACUGGCAGGGCAUGGAGGACCGGGAUCGCCUCCCUUUGGUCGACAACAUCCACAACAACAGCAUGCAGCGGAUUAACCACUCCCAGGAGGACUUGUACCCCUCACCAGGAGGUAUGAGGCCUGAUGAGCGCAUGCAGCAGCACUACCAGCAGGACUACCAGCACCGGGACCUGGACUACCAACACCGAGAUCUUGACUACCAGAGAGGUCCACCGGGAGGAGGUCCUGACCACUGGGCCCCCCAGCCGCAGGUCUCCUCGUCGUUGGAGUCCUCCACAUCGAGCCAAGAGCACCUCAACUUCUCAGCCGCCUCCUCCUCGUCCUCCCAGAAGAACCAGAAGACCGGGCCGGGCCGAUGGAAGACCCCCAACGCCCCCCACGCUGCGCCGCCACAUUCGGCGCAGACGCCUUCACGCUCCGACCUUCCCCCUCCGCCCCCCCCACCACCGGCCCCGUACCCCGAUGCCUACGACCACUACGAACCCCAGUCUGAGCUCCCGCUCCCGCCGCCUCCCGCUGCCGUCUCCCCCGCAGCAGCCCAGCAGGCGGCCGACCGCAAGAAACGCGAGGAGCAGCAACGCUGGUACGAGAAGGAGAAAGCUCGUCUGGAGGAGGAGAGGGAGAGGAAGAGGAGGGAGCAAGAGAGGAAGCUGGGUCAGAUCCGGGCCAACCCCGUCAUGCCUGUCCAACCUCACAACAACGGAGGAUCCAUGCCUCCUCCUCACCACCAGCCCCCUCUGCCAUCUGUGACCCCGCCCCAGCCCUACCUCCCCCCACAGCCUCAGCCUCCCCCAUCCAGACCCGAGAAGCUGGCCAGCCUGCCACGAUCAGCUGUUCCUCCCCCUGCUAAUGCCUCCAACCCCGGCAUGGACACAGUGAUCAGGGAGCUGUUACCACAGCAGCAGCCGCGGACCAUUGAGAGGCGAGACCUGCAGUACAUCACCAUCAGUAAGGAGGAGCUGACGUCCAGCGACAGUCUGUCUCCGGACCCCUGGAAACGAGACGCCCGGGAGAAGGCCGAGAAACAGCAGCAGCUCCACAUCGUCGACCUGCUGGACAAGGAGAUCCAGGACCUCCAGUCAAAGCCUGAGCGAACUGCGGAGGAAAGCGACCGCUUGAGGAAGCUGAUGCUGGAGUGGCAGUUCCAGAAACGACUGCAGGAGUCCAAGCAAAGCGACGAGGACGAGGAGGAGGAGGACGACGAGGACGUGGACACCUUGAUGAUGAUGCAGAGGCUGGAGGCUGAAAAGAGAGCCAGGCAGCAGAAUGCUGUCCCAGCUAUCUCUGUUCUAGACUUGUUGCAGGACGAAGAGCGACGGCGUAAGCAGCAGCUGGAGGAGAUUCGUAAGCGGGAGGCGGAGGAGCGAGCAAAACAGGAGGAGGAGAGAAGGUGGAGGGAGGAGGCCAAACGAGAGGCAGGGGAGAAGAGGAGACAGGAGGAGGAGUACUACACUCGCCUGGAGGCCGAGCGGCGCCGGCAGCACGAGGAGGCCGAGAGAAAGCUGCUGUCGCCUGACGACCCGGCCGGUCUGUAUCGGCCCCCGCUGCCCCGGGAUUACCAACCCCCCGUCCCCCACAACCCUACUAACACCCCCCCGCCCCCCCCACAGAGAAACACCUCCUACCUCAAAACCCAGGUCACCUCCCCCGACACGCUCUACACCGCCAAGUUUGUCUCCUACGGGGGCGAUGAGGAGGACGAGGAGGACGCCACCAAAGCAGGGAGUGGCGGCGGCAUCAACCAAUCAGGUCAGGUGAAGCUGUCGGCGACCAGGAAGUCGUACGGCGACCUCCCGGCCUCCGCCUCGCCCAAUCACACCAGGCUGCGGCCGCCGCCCACUGCGCGCAAGCCCCGCCCCCUUUCAGACGGCAUCUUCCUGUCUAGCUCGUUCCAGCUUCCAGACAACAACUCCAACAGUACAGGCCCCCCCCUUCCUGCCAAACCCAGCUCCAUGCCCCCCGGAGGCUUUAAAGGAUUUGACUCGUACACUGGAAACUCAGCAGGACUUGUAGGACCGGGAGAAGUCCACAUUGACCCGCGAGACAAAUGGACGAAGGGCACCAGCAGCUGA